UGUGUCAGUGAUGUUUCUGUUGCUGUGACCAAAUACCUGACAGAAAUGGUUCAAGGGAGGAAAAAUUUACUUGGACCCAUGGCUGCAGGGAAUUCCAGUCCCUCACGGUGGGGAAGGCAUGGCAGUCCAAGCACAAGACAGAGCUUGUUUAUAUGGUGGUAGAUCAGGAAACAGAGAACACUCUGGCCCUAUGACCUAUCUCUGCGAGCUAGUCCCACAUCCCAAAGGUUCCAUGACCUCCCUAAAUUUUCCCACCCACAUGAGCUGUUGGGGGCAUCUCAGAUUGAUGGCAGUUUUGAUGGCUGAAGUCUCUUACUGUUCUAUAGAUUCUGGAAGCCAGGGCCUGAAAGAUGAGCGGCGCCCACGGUCAGGCUUUGGGGGAAGGGAAUGAGUAUGCUGCCAAGAUUGGGAGGAAAUAGAAGUCAGGACCUGGCAGCUGAAGCAGCAGCCUGCAGUUCAGUGUGCUAAGGGGCUCUUCCUGGCAGGCUUCAUUCUGGCUGAGCAAUGUUGUAUUAACUAGGUCUCUAUUGUAUUACAAAUGGCAGAAGCCAACUCUGGUUAGUUGGACCAUUGGGGAAUUGAGUGCACCAAGAGUCGAGGAAGGGGAGAGACCGUUCUGAGAAGAACACAGCCAUGGCUUAGGAACAGCAUCAACAGCAGAGGCUUCCCCCGCUCUGAGCAUCUGUGUGGUGACAGCUCCCUGCAGUGGUGGGAAAUACAUCGGUUUCUAUCAGCCUGCAAUUCCCUGGGUCACAGGCAUAGAAAUCCUAUAAAGGUGGUGUUGACCCUGACCGCUCAGAUGCCUAAUCCCAAACCCCUUCCAUUGUGGUCAGACUCAGGAGACCAGGUUGAGCCCCCGUUGGUGUAUGUCCAGCCCCGGGUUAGGGUCAUGUACUUUGGACGCGAAAUUGCCUCUAAAGACUUGGAUAUUGAAGGCUUGGUCCCCAGAUGGCAGGGCUGAUUGGAGGUGAAUGCAUCGUGAGCGUGCUGACCUCACAAAUGGAGUGAUGCACUGAGGAGUCACAGAUAAUGGGCUGUUAGGAGCUGGGCCCUGUUGGAGGAACAGGUGACAGACUUUGCAUCCCUUCCCUCCCCCCUUCUCUGCUUCCUGGACACCAUGAGGUACUUCCAUCUCCCCUCUCUGCUUCUUCCACCAUGCCCGGCUGCUCUAAUGCCUUCCCCAUCACCUCCGGCCCAGCCCUGGAACCAGCCAGCCAUGGAUAGAAAUUGCUGGAACAGUGAAGCACAUAAGCCUUUCCUGAUUUAAGCUAUCUAUCUCAGGUCAGUGGAAGGGUUCAAAGUCAACCUGAUUCGGAGCGAGGAGCACUUCCAGAGUUACUGUAACAAGAUCUUUGCUGGCUGGGACUUCUGCAUCACCAAUCGCAGCAUGGCUGAGUUGAAGCAUAGCAGCUUGCGGUACGAGCUCCGAGCAGAUCUGGAGGAAGAGAGAAUACGCCAGAAAAUAGCAGAGAGGACCUCAGAGGAGACCUUGCGCAUUUACUCUCUGAGGCUGUUUCUGAACUGCAUUGUGCUGGCUGUGCUAGCGGCAUGCUUUUACGCCAUCUACCUAGCCACCACCUUCUCACAAGAACACAUGAAAAAAGAAAUCGAUAAGAUGGUUUUUGGGGAGAACCUCUUGAUACUGUACCUCCCAUCCAUUGUGAUCACACUGGCCAAUUUCAUCACCCCGAUCAUCUUUGCCAGGAUCAUCCACUAUGAGGAUUACUCGCCAGGCUUCGAGAUCCGCCUGACAAUUCUUAGGUGUGUCUUUAUGCGGCUGGCCACCAUUUGCGUGCUGGUGUUCACGCUGGGCUCCAAGAUCACGUCCUGUGGUGACCACACAUGUGAACUCUGCGGCUAUAACCAGAAACUCUACCCGUGCUGGGAGACACAGGUUGGACAGGAAAUGUACAAGCUGAUGAUUUUUGACUUCAUCAUCAUUCUGGCUGUGACACUGUUUGUGGAUUUCCCUAGGAAGCUCCUGGUGACCUACUGUGCCUCCUCCAAGCUGAUCCAGUGCUGGGGGCAGCAGGAGUUUGCCAUCCCGGACAACGUCCUGGGCAUCGUGUACGGGCAGACCAUCUGCUGGAUCGGAGCCUUCUUCUCCCCACUCCUCCCGGCAAUCGCCACCCUGAAAUUCGUCAUCAUCUUUUAUGUGAAAGAGCUGAGCCUUCUUUACACCUGCAGACCCUCCCCGAGGCAGUUCAGAGCGUCCAAUUCUAACUUCUUCUUCCUGCUGGUGUUGCUGAUCGGGCUGUGCUUAGCUAUAAUACCUCUGACCAUCAGCAUGUCUCGCAUCCCUUCCUCCAAAGCCUGUGGGCCAUUCACCAACUUCAACACCACCUGGGAGGUCAUCCCUCGGACCGUGAGCGCCUUCCCCAGCUCGCUGCAGACCCUGAUCCACGGCGUCACCUCGGAGGCCUUUGCGGUGCCCUUCUUCAUGAUCAUCUGCCUCGUCAUGUUCUACUUCAUCGCGCUGGCUGGCGCCCACAAGCGGGUGGUCGUGCAGCUCCGAGAGCAGCUGUUCCUGGAGAGUCGUGACAAACGUUACCUCAUCCAGAAACUAACAGAAGCUCAAAGAGAUGUGCGGAGCCAGCCGGCUUGAGUGCGAAGAUGCUACCUGAACCUUCUUAGCACGUGACUCCGAUGACCCUACAAAGUCCACCUGGGAUUUGAGUGGAAAUUCUAGGGUUUUGGGUGUUUUGGUGACUUAGCCAAGCAGGCUGACACCCAGACUGACACCUGGAAAGUGGUGGCUCACUGAGGACCCCACCAAAACACUAACUUUCCAAGCUGCUCAGCCUUUAUAAUCAAAAUCAGAGUGGGGAGACUUUUAUUUAUUUUGUUUUUGUUUAGACUUUUGUAUUUUUUUUUUUAAGAAAAGGUUUGUCUUAAUUUUCAAAGUAAAACUGAGUUCCCCCGUCUCUGACGCUGGAUGGUUUCUUUGUAAGCCUUUUUCCACGCUGAGUUGAGCGUCUUCCCAAAGGUUACUGGGGACAAAAUUAAGCCUGACUUAUUUUUUUCAGAUGAAUAGAAAUCUUCAGAUGCUAAGGCCUAGAAACAGGUGAUAAGAAUGUGGAGAGACCAUCCUGGUGGCAGAAAGGGAAUCCGUCCCAGCUCUGUGCUCGAGUCACAUUUGAAUUCCUGCCCACGCCAGUAUCAGCCCUUGAACAGGGGGCGGGGGCAGUUGGAGCCUCAGCUUUUCAGCUCUUCAAGCCUUUUCUGCAGUCUUGUCCACAACUCAAGGGAAAGUGACUUGAGCCGACCAGCUGGCCAGGAGCCUUCACUUUCCACCUGGCCCCGAGUCCUGAGACUUUGUGAAGGGUAAAGCCUUGCAAGGUAGAUGGACAGUUUCUCCGUUUUCCAAAUGUCAGUCCUCUUCCUUGCAUGGAGCUCUUCGUUCCUGAAGGACACCGAACGUUUCAGAGCCAGGCUGCAAUGUGCUGUUUGGUACUGGAGCUGGGGGUUUAUAGGUGUGAUUUCAGAUGUACAUCUUCAGCCUAGACUGUUCAUAAGAACAGCCCAUAAUGCAAACAUAGCUUGGGUUCUGAUUGCUUAAAUACACAUCUCAAAGGGCUAGGUUUUGUUUGCUUGAACUUAAAACUUGGCUUAAGUUUGUAUGUACCUUUGUUUUUAUAAAACAUUACAGAAACAGAGUAUCUCUUGAGAUCUCCACUACAGGAAAAGCCGUAUUUAUAAAUACCUCAUCGUAAGCCUCCUGGAGCCCACCCUGAUUCGAUGUUUUUGCUUUAAGAUCUCUGUCAGCAUGCUGCAGUCUGGUGACGGACAGGUGGCAUCUUCUACUGUUUUUCACUGGCUCCUAACCUUUUACAGUUAGAUUCAUGUUUUAGGAAGCUGCCAAGGAGGAUUUCUCUCCCCUGACCACUGCCUUGUACCUCAAAAAAAAAAAAAAAAAAAAAAAAAAAAAAAAAAAAAAAGGUUGGCUUCUUGUUCUGGAAGCAAAGCAGACUUGUCAUGGUGUACACAUCUGUCUGCGCAUAAAGGGUCCUUUGUUAGGGUGUGUGUGUGUGCACGCUUGGAGAUAGAACUCAUAUCCUCAAGCCCAGCACAGUCAUUUCUUUGAUCUUCCAUGAGGCUGUAUUAACAUAGGAUGUUUUUCCUCCUAUGGGAAUGUGUGCUUCCUAGCCUUCUCUUGUAUUUGAAGAUCUAUUGAGUUUUUGGACCCAACCUCAGGAGUUUUGCGUAAACUCUCCUCAUUUUACAGAUUCUAAUUGUUGGCGUUUUCGCCUAGUGCCUUCAUAGAAUAUCCUUGCCUUCACCAGGCCCCUGAGGAUUAUCUACCUUCCUGUUUGUUUGUGGGAUGGUGGAUAAAAUGAACAACAUGUUUUCUUUAUUAUAAAACAUACCAAAUAUGCCAAUCCAUUUGCUAGUUUUAGUUAAUGCUGCUAAUAUGCAUUUGUCUUACUUGAAUGUUUUGAUAACAUUAAAUAACCAGGCAACGUCUGUAUAGUUUUAAAGUGCAGUUUUCUAACAGGUGUGUGGUAAACUGCUGAUGUACAGUGUCUUGAAAGUUUUAAAGUGUAAUGCUGUGUACUUGAAUCCAGAGAAGCUCCUUGUCAACAAACAAGUGAUGAGGAAAAAUCGUAAUACUCCAUAAAGUUGCUCUUUAUUUUUCACUGAAGUUAGAGGAAGUAGCAUUUUGACAUCUGAUAGAUGUGUUAGAUAUUUUAAGCUUUUUAUAUCUUGGCAUCAUUGAAAGCCACUGUUAAUAUUUAUUGUAUUAUUCUAUAAAGAUAUAAUAAAUACUGUAGCAUAUA